UUUCUUCUUUUAUAUCUGUAAUAACUCAGUUGAAUGUGUGUGUUGUUGCCUUUGAUGUUGCUGCUAUCUUCCUACUGAGAUACAAAGAAUCCUUCUAUUCUGUAUUAUUUUCUAAUCACGCACUUUGGUGGGUAUAUUGUUAAAAUCUGUUGUCCUGACUAGUCAGAUGUGACAGUCUCUAGAUGGAGCACAUCGGGCUCGCUGUGAAUCAGCACCAAGGAAAUGUUUACUUUAGUCUUUAGUAAUUUACUGUAGCCUAAUUCCCAAACACAAAGUAUAUUGCAUGAUUUCACAUGCCUUUGUUUCUAAAAACGUUGUUUUUACGUAAAAACGUUUCCACGUUGAUUUUACGCAAAAAGAAAAAUCAGUUUUAUAAAUUGAUUUUCACAUCACAGUUGGUAUCCUUCCUGCAUCGCUAUGUCGUCACUGUGGAAACGACAAACGCUGAAAAACACCGCCAUAGGUCAUGAGCAUGCGCAGAACCUUAAAAGGACGGGUUUGUUCCAGAAGUCUGUCUUCUUCUUUUUUAUUUUUUUUUUAAAGCAAUUUACUGUCAUAUUUUUAAUCAUAUCCUUCAGGAAAGACAGCUUGCUUUCUGACAAAAGAACAGAAAAACAACACACGUUGUCGGAUCUUCCAUAGGGUUUUCUGGAUGACAUCACAGAGGGGAGCGGCAAUCCCUCAACACACACUACUCUAUUUGAACCAGUUCCCUGGUAUCCACAAACCACUGGUGUCGCCAUUUCUCCGCAAGAUUCCCAAACUGCCCACAGCGAACGGUUCAUAAAGCUAAACGUAAACUAGCCAUUCACGGCGUUUACGCAGCUCUCCGCAGACGGGGAAUAGCAAGUUAGUACGUAUAUUUCGGUGGGGAAUAUCUCAGGGGAUGGGCUUGAUUGUCGGAAUAAGGCUGCCUCCGUUUUAGUCCGUGACAAGAUUCGGGAGUUGUCCGGCUGAUGGCACACUCAAGCCACUAAACUACACCACAAAACCCCGGAGAAGAGCUCGUCCUGGUCGUGAAAAAAACCAAGGGAUUUUCUAUCUUCCAUCAAGCAGGAAUCAUCAUGCCGAGCGUUGACGAAAGGGAAUGGGAAAUGAUCCACGCUGCUCCAUGAAGAGCCGCAGCCGUGUUGCAAAUCAGGCGGAGGACCGAGCUGUCAGUUCCGAACGCCGUCGACGCGGUUGUGUAAUUAAUUUGGCUGCUGGAUGGUAUGUGUCGGGUCUACCUGGCACCCGGUAGAUAACCGAGGAGGCUCCGGGGCUUUGAUGUGUUGGGGGUCCAUUCAUGCAAUGACGUCUGCAUGGUUAUUUUAUAUCAAACGGUGAGACAUUUCAAAAUUCACCCUGCCUGACCGGUGAUCCGGUGUGCGAACGAGCAGGACUGUCGGAAGGAUAUGGGAAAGAGAGCGGAACCGAUGCAGUGGGUCUCGGCUAGGCAUCGUCAAAACACAGGGCAGUGAUGCCUGGGAUGGUGAUGUUUAGGCGGCGCUGGUCAGUUGGCAGUGAUGACCUAGUGUUGCCCGCCCUCUUCCUUUUUUUGCUGCACUGCAUCUGGUUGGUGGUUCUGUCCGUGGUUCUCUUCGGCCUUCGGUACGGCUCAGACCUGUCGUGUUCUGUCACGCUGGUGGACCAUGGCCGAGGAUACUUGGGCAUCCUCGUCAGCUGCCUUAUAUGUGAGAGCGCCAUCAUGUGGUUGAGUAUGAGGGGCAGCAUUUUGUACACACAGCCCAGGGAAGCUGUGCAGUAUGUGAUUUACAUCAGACUAGCCAUUUUACUAGUUGAGCUAGUGUAUGCUGUAGUAGGCAUUGCCUGGCUUGUCCAGUAUUACCAGCCGUGCUCUGAUGUCACUGCAAAAAACUUGGCUUUGGGAAUCGUUGCGUGUAACUGGCUGGUGAUACUCAGCGUUUGCAUUACCCUCAUGUGCACCUUCGAUCCAACGGGUCGGACUUUUGUCAAACUCAAAGCAACCCGUCGGCGUCAGCGGAACCUAACCACAUACACUCUCAGACACAGACUAGAAGAAGGCCAGGCCAGCAGCUGGAGCAGAAGACUGAAGUUCUUCAUGUGCUGCACAAGAGCCCAGGAUACACAAUCGGAUGCAUACUCGGAAGUGGCCGGCCUUUUUGCAGAAUUCUUCAGAGACCUGGACAUUGUGCCCAGUGAUAUUAUUGCCGGACUGGUUCUUCUUCGCCAGACACAGAGGUCAAAAAGAUCCAAUGUCCUGGGCCAGGCCAACAACGACAUUAUAGCAUUCUUGUCAGGAAUACCAGUCACUCGUAGUACGAGGUAUCUGGACCUCAAGAACUCUGUGGAGAUGCACAUGUACAAGGAGGUGUGUUAUUAUAUGCUCUUUGCCCUGGCUGCAUACGGUUGGCCCAUGUACCUGAUGAGGAAGCCUGGCUGUGGGCUGUGCCGCCUCGCCAGCUCCUGUCCCUGCACAUCGGUGUCUGGCUCACGGUUGUCUCAGUCCGUCACAGUGGAGGAGGACAACUGCUGCGGCUGCAAUGUCCUUGCCAUACGGAGACAUUUCCUUGAUAGGGAUCUCAAGCAGGUUCACAUUGUCUACACAUCCUGCCACGAUGCUGUUUACGAGACUCCGUUCUUUGUGGCGGUGGAUCAUGCGAAGAAGAAAGUCGUCAUCAGUAUCAGAGGAACCCUUUCGCCAAAGGACGCCUUGACUGACCUGACGGGAGACUCUGAGCGUUUGCCUGUGGAGGGGCAGCAUGGGACCUGGCUUGGUCACAAGGGAAUGGUUUACUCAGCAGAAUACAUUAAGAAGAAAUUGGAGCAGGAAAUGAUCUUGUCACAAGCUUUUGGAAGAGACUUGAGUAAGGGCACCAUGCAUUAUGGGCUGGUGAUAGUCGGCCACUCUCUUGGUGCAGGCACUGCUGCUAUUCUCUCCUUCCUGCUCAGACCUCAGUACCCCACACUCCACUGCUACUCUUAUUCUCCACCUGGUGGCCUUCUAAGUGAGGAUGCCAUGGAGUACUCCAAAGAGUUUGUUACAUCUGUGGUAUUGGGCAAAGACCUCGUACCAAGGCUCGGCCUGUCCCAAUUGGAGGGUUUUAGAAGACACCUUCUGGAGGUCUUGCAGAAAAGUAACAAGCCAAAGUGGAGGAUCAUUGUGGGAGGUACCAAAUGCAUCCCCAAAUCAGAGCUUCCAGUAGAGGAUGACGAUCCUCCAUCUCAGCCUGCAGCGCCCCCCAGCAGUCGUCUUUGGCUACACCCCAGUGACCUCAGCAUUGCCCUCUCAGCCUCCACUCCUCUCUAUCCUCCUGGCAGGAUCAUCCAUGUGGUGCACAACCAUCCACCAGAGACAUGUUGUGGACAGGAAGAGCCGACGUACUCGGCUCUGUGGGGAGACAACAAGGGGUUCAACGAGGUCAUCAUAUCGCCGGCCAUGCUGAACGAGCACAUGCCCCACAUGGUUAUGAAGGGCCUGAACAAGGUUCUGGAGAACUACAAUAAAGGCAAAACGGCCUUGUUGUCGGCAGCCAAGAUUAUGGUGAGCCCCACAGAAGUAGAUCUGAACCCUGAGACUUUGUUCGUGGAUGCAGCUUCUCAGGAGCCGACACCCACAACAACCCACCACCGCAGAAACAGCAGCGUUCGAGAAAAACCUUUGUUACGUUCGUGUGCCCAGUCUGAGAUAUCUCUGGAUGGUUUCUCUGAGUGCCCUCCUCCCCCAGUUCCUGUAGUGUUGCGUGGAGCACGCGAGCGCCUUGCGGUGGAGCUGAGGGACCGUAAGGCACCACUGGCCGUCAUGGAAAGUCUCUCGGAUGCAGAGUCUCUUUACAGCCUGGAUUCUCGGCGCUCAUCAGCGGCUUUCAGGGGCUCGCCGAUGUUGGGUAGCCUACCUUUCCCGUUGGAUGCCCCAAUACCAGAGGAGAACCCAUCUCUCAGCUCUCGUACCGAAUUGUUGGCUGCAGAUUGCCUCUGCCCGGCAACGCCGGAGCACCUAGGUGAGGUUGGACCCUUCUUUACCCCACACGAAUCCAAAUCCACUCCAGAUUACCCUAUGAGGCUGUCUCCUGCCACACCACGCUACAGUGGACCCCAUUCCCCAGCCCUUUUAAAUCAAUGUGUUCAGCCUUUCAAACAUGAGUCUAAUGCAGCUCCAACAAUGGUUAGUGAUGGGGAUCAGAUGCCUGGUGUCUACAGCCCAGGGAGCACUCCAAAUGCUCCACUAAGCCCACAGAUUGACUCUAGACUAAUGGAUAGCAAAAAAGAGGACAUGGAGCUCGAGAUGACACAGAAAAUGUUGGGUGAAGAAACCAGUCUAGCCGUUUCUACUGCUCCACCCCAGCUAACAAAUGGGAACCCCAGUCAGGCUGUGCUAGAGUUCGCACAGUACUUGGACUCUCUCUUCAGACUGGACGGCAGCAGCUCACCACCUCUGGACCUGUCUGAUGGGGAGUCAGAGUCGGGCAGGGGUUCUUUUGGACAAGGUGAAUGUCUUGGAGAUGGACAGCACCUGGAUGAUGCACAGCUGCUGGCCAGAGCAACACUUGAGCCUAACCUUGUUCCCAAGCCUCCACGCACUUUUGCCGGUUCUGCUGAUCCCUCUUCAGGCAUAUCAUUGUCCCCAUCCUUUCCUCUCUCAUCCUCUGAGGAGCUCAACGAUCUCUCGCCAAGCGAGGGUGCCCCGCCAGCCAUUCACUCCCUACGAACAUCCAGCCCAUGCCACUGUCCUGAAGAGAAUACACUAUCAUCAAUGGUUUAAUAUGCCCUGAAGGCUCUGUUGUGCUUUAAGGUCUGGUGAUUCAAACUUUCAAACAUAUCACAACACACGCAUGGAGUGGAAUGGAGUCACUCAUUAGAGAUCCAGUGACAGAACUUAAGGGACCAACAGGUACACCAUAUCCAUUCUCCAGGUGUCCCCUUUGAACUCAGGGGACAUUUUCACAGUAUUGCAAUGACAAAAAAGAAGAUACCUCUCUCUGCAUGCCAGGGGGCUGUGCUGCUUCACAACUGUAGCUUCACAAUGCCAAUCCAGAACAAUAUCGUCUGACCCACAUGGGAACAUUUCUACAUUUCAUCCAGUCGCUGAUUUUAGCAAAUGCAAAGGGAGAAUCGUUAACUGAGCAGGAAAUCUGAAACUAAUGCUGUAGAAACGGUUAGCAAAGGCACAUCAUCUGGGUUGGUGUAUCGGACCUCUUCCUGCAUCUUCAGCAGUUCUGAAAGCUUGUACAGCUUUUGUUUUGUUUUAUCUUUAUCUUUUUUUUUUUAAUCCAGAAUGUGAAGAUGGGACAUAUUUGUUUAUAAACAGAAGUGAAAAAAAACAAUAAGAAACGUUCCUCAGGUCUACAAAGAACUGACUUGGAGAAAGAGAGUGUGUUAUGUUGGUGAGAAUACAUGUGUCUUAAACAUAAAGUGAUUGUGACAAAGUUAUUACAGAUGCCUAUGGAUGUUUUUAGAGUCUUUUGGUUACACUUUAUAAUGCAUGACAACUUUUUUUUAAUAAGUUAUUCCGAUGGAGAACUUGUCACUAAGCCACUUAGAUUGACAUUUUGUUACUAUUGCACACACAUUGCUCAGUUUACCCCUUUUGCCAAAAAAGAAAA